GGCUGUGGCGGUCGUUGUCGGUGUGGUACACUUCGCGUUUGAAAACACGCUUGGUGCGAUUGUAUGGGUGUUACUGACUUGAGUAAUACUGCAGAAGAAAGGUGUUUCGGUGAUAUAAUAGUUAAAAUUGUAGGAGUGAUUAUGAAGCGGAUCAUCUCAUCUGAAGAGAAAUCGGCUGAACCAUAGGUAUGAUGGCGAUGCCCAGCCAGCAACACCUUCAGCAGCAGCAAUGUUCACCACCACAUCCCAUGCCAGAAUUCCGUGAUGCUGACCACUAUCGCAGUGCCCUCAGCCCACUCUGCAUCACCGAUGGCAGUCAUGAGAUCAUCCGGCCCAAACCUCGCAGACCUGGAGGCGGAGGCAGGGAGAUGCUGCCAUCAGCUGGCUGUGGUGGAUACCAGCAGCCUCCUCUCAUCACAGGGCCCAGUGACCUGACACAGUGGACAUCCAACCUUCAGUGUCAGCCACAACUGGUCCCGCUUCGCUCUCCAGUCAACAAGAUUGCUAGUGAAGAAAAGGCCUUCAGUGCUUGCACUAAUAAGAGUCCUGCCCCUCCCAUCUUGCUUCGAGGAUGUCCCACUCCCUCCAAACUGCAUCCGCCCACCCCUCACAAUCUUACUACCCCUUCCAUGAAAACUACUAACACCAGCAUGGGAAGUGAUCCCACUGUAGAACAGUUAGUCCCUGAGCGGGACACGAACCCAGGCACCAGGCUUACUGUGGAUAUGUGCAACAACAGUGCAGUUCAGGAAACCUUUAACAAAACAGUGAUACUGUCUCAGGAGAACCAGAAUUGUAACCUGAAGGUGCAGAACAGAACAUCCUCACAGACUGUAGCAAGCAGCAGUGUGCGGCAGCUUGGAGGUGGCAAUACUGGAGUGGGUGGUGGGCGAAGUGGGCACCUGCACCACCAUCUGAGUGUAGAGGAACUGAGACUGAUUCAGAGGAGACAAGACUCAAAUGGCAGCUCUUCAGAUGAUGGGACUCGGAGUUCCGGGCAUGCCAGUAUGUCUGAUGGACACUUGAGCUCUUCCCCUCCUGUGGAGAGACACCAGCACUAUCGGUCACACCUCAACUCUGUACCUGAGGAUGAGAGAUUGUCAGCCAGUGUGAUGCAGAGCCAGUCACGUGCCUCACGGAAAGCUGGCCACAAUAGAAGCCGGCACAGAGCAACUCCUGCGAAACUGGUGCCAUCUGGGUCUGGUUUGGAGGACAUCAAGCUGGCAAUCCAGCAGCUUACAAUGCGGUCCCACACGUCCAACACUGGAUACUCUACCUCUACAUACUCAAGUCUCAGUGGAAGUGAGUCCAGUGAGCCAGCAGUGCGACGUCUCAUGAGGCAUUCAUCUCUUGAGACAGUCAAUACUAAUGUCACCAAUGCAGAUGAGUUUGUUUGGGUUGAUUCACAUAAUAGGCUUGUAGAAUUGCAGCACCUACCAUGGUCAAACCAUGAUGUGCUGAAAGUUGUACAGAAUGGUCGCAUUAAAGAACACAUGGAACGAAUAUCCAUGGAGACAAUACCACGGCUGUCUUAUCUCCUUCAGCGGGCACUGGUAAGGAUUGGUAGGGAAGUGCAACGUCUGGCAUGCCCCCUUGGGAUGUGCAGCAAGCAGGAAGUGUGCUCUGCACUUCGCAUCAUCUUGUGUCCUGCCCUUGCUGAUUCCUGCACAAAGGCAUGUCUGAGGGCAGCAGCUAUGUUUGCAGUCUCAGGUGAUCUGCAACUGAAGCAAAGUAAGUCAUGCCGAGCAGGAUUGCAGCUGUCUGUAGGCCGAUUCCAGCGAUGGAUGGCAGAUGUCCGCCUUGGGAAGUUUAUACAUGAGUAUGCAGCUGUGUACUUGACAGCUGGGUUGGAAAACCUGCUGGAAGAGAUAAUACUCCAGUGUCUGCCGAGUGAGGCAGAUACAGUCCUCACUGCCACAAUGUUUGAACAUGCAAUUGCCAACAAUGGGGACUUGUGGGGCCUACUACAGCCAUAUGCACACCUCAAUGCUGGUAGGAUUGCCUCAGGGGCCCUGGCAAUGCCUCGUUGGGCAAGUGUUUCCAGUGUGAACACUGAAUCCACCCACACAUCAUCGUUAGCAAGUGGAAAGUCUCUUGAACAGUCACUGUUGACAACAUGUGUUGGAUCUGCGCAUGAGCUAACAGAGCUGCUGGCAUGCAUCAACACACGACCCCUCACCUGGACGCCACCUGCCAUUCAGGCACUUUUCUACUUCAUGCGGUGCUCCCAGCUGGAGCAUGCAGAGCAUGUGGCCCCCAUUCAGGAGCUGGUGUAUGAGCGUGCAUAUGUUGUGCUGCCUCCCUUGGUGGAAUGGCUGAGGGUGACUGCAGCCCAUGCAGAGCACAGACACUCCACCACUCUUGAUCAUGACGAUGUGAUGCAGGCUGCCCGGCUGCUCUUACCUGGAGUGGAUUGCCCCAUUCGACAGAUUGGCACGGAGGAGGGUGGUGGAUCAGUGGGUACAAGGCGACCAGGAGAUGAGGUGGAGUGUGUACGUCGGCUGAAGUCAGAGUUGGCAUUCAAGAUGCUGCGAAGUGGACACAGUGACCUUAUUCCUCAUGCUCUACAAUUGCUACCAAGCAAUAAGAAAUUGAAUAGUGUGAAUGAGAGUGGGUUAAGCCCACUCAUGUUGGCCGUCCUGUUACAUGAUGAGGCGUUGGUUUGCUGUCUGCUGGAUGCAGGAGCAGACCCUGACGUUGAAACACCUCCAUAUGGCACAUUAGGUUACCCUGGUGUACAUGCAGAGACCCAGCAUUGGACAGCUCUAACAUAUGCAGCUCUACAAGGAACAUGCAGUGUUGCACGUCUUCUUUUGGAAAGGGGAGCCCAUGUGGAAGGAGGGACUAGACUGAGUGAGGACAAAUGCACACAGACACCACUUCAGGUGGCAGCAGCAUGCAAUCAGAUGGAGAUGGUAUCUCUGCUCUUAUCACAUGGAGCUCAUCCUUUUCUCUCAACACUGCUCAAAGACUCACUGUGCUAUUCUGGUGCUGCUCAGCGUGGCUCUUACAGUGCCAUUGCAGUGGCUGCUGCCCAUGGACAGAGGGCAACACUGCACAAACUAUUGGCUCAUCCUCACAACACUAAUAAUAAGGAGGUGUUGUCACUGGAGGAGAUCUUGGCAGAGGGUGCCAACAAUCAGCUCACCACUGACUGCAGGAGCAGUAGACUCCAGGUAACAUGUCCUUCCAGCUCAGACUCUAGCACAUGCUUGAUGAAUCAUGCUGGCAGUGAUAACCUGCAGCUGCUGAAACUCAGCAAAGCACAGAUCAAGUCACUUCAGGAGGCCAUGUAUCACAGCACUGAGAACAACCACCUGGAUAUCACAUUGGACCUUCGUAACCUCGGAAUACCAUGGACACUUCACUGUUGGAUGCACACCUUGGCUACUGCACAUGAACAACAACUUGAGAAUAUAAUUGACCAGUUACUGCAGGAUUUCCUGCAGGUGUGGCCAGAUGACUACUCAACACAGUUUGUUGAUGAAUGCCUGCCCCUGCUGUUUAACAUCUUUAGAUUCAGUAAGAACGAGGGAACUACACUGCUCCUUGCAGACAUCUUUUCAACAUGUUUUGGCUGGGAGUCAAUCAAGAGCAUCAGAGACACUUCAUUCUCUGGAGGGACCCGGAUUGAUCCAAAAUUUGUGAACAAUCCAGAGCUGAGUGAUGUGCAGUUUCGGGUGGAGGGCCAGGUAUUUUAUGGACACAAGAUUGUGCUGGUGACAUGGUCACCUCAGUUCCGGGCAAUGCUCAGCUCCAAGGUCUGUGAUGGGAACCCACCCAUCGUUCAUAUCAACGACAUCCGGUAUCACAUCUUUGAGUUGGUAAUGCAGUACCUGUACAACGGUGGUUGUGAAACUCUACAGGUGGAGCAGUCAGACGUGCUAGAGCUAAUGGCUGCUGCCAAUUUCUUUCAGUUGAAUGGCCUACUGCGUUACUGUGAGGCACAGUGCUCCAGCAUGGUUGACCUCGACAAUAUCGUCUCCAUGUACAUACAUGCCAAGGUCUACAAUGCAGGGGAGCUGCUCGAGUACUGCCAGGGGUUCUUGCUGCAGAAUAUGGUAGCCCUACUCACAUACGAUGAUUCUGUCAAGCGACUGCUGUUUGGAAAAAAGCUGCAUAGUCAUGAUGUGUUAUCAGGCCUGCUCCUCACGCUACAGGCGCGUAUCAAGGCCCGUAACCUGGCCCCCACCACUCGCUCAAACACCAAGCCCAAGUGAAAGUGCAUGCACUUACAUGGGUCACUGGUUUGAGUCUAAAGGCAGAGGAAUAUUAGAAUUUCAUCCGAGCACACUGGGUUUGUUGUGGAGUAUGUAUCCAUACUUCCUUUCUGCGUAAGACAUAAUUCACAAUAAUAAUGAAUUUAUAAUAAGCAGGUAACAUCAAGCAGUUUAAUGUAUUUUAUUUCUUAAUCAAAGUACAAGAAAUUGUUUUUCUCACGAAACAGUGCAGAGGAAAGUUUGUUCCUUUUAACGUUACUACCAAGCCUAGAGCUAAAGGUUUUGUAUUAAUUACCUGAAUAUUUCAUAAAUACUGAUUAAUAUUGUAACAGAUAUCUAUGCCCAAAACAUGAACAGAUCUUGAAAAUGAAAUUAUCGUCAUGGGUUGGUGACUAGAUACAGGGUUUGGAUUUAUAACUGAAUUUAUUGGACACUAAUUGCUUGUACCUCCACGUAAUUAUGACACUUUUUUAUUCUUCAUAAUCAUCGAAUAACUACUGCACUUUCCAGUCUGCUGUACUUUCUGUACUCAUUGCUUGGUAACAGCCUCCAGUAACUGGGACUCUCUUUAAUACUUCUGUACUGAUCCAUUUGUUUGGGCUAAUUGCUGCUGGUCCUUGCCAGCAGUCAUUGUUGGUUUUGUGUACCACAGGACUCAUGACCAUAUUUUCCUGUCUUAUGAUUCUGGGAUUCAUGCAGCUGACUCUCUCCAGCUUCUGGUUUGUUGGGUACAUUGCUGCUGGAACUUGCCAGCACAGCCAUUCUUGGUUCAUGGUCCUGCCAGACUUAUGACCAUAGUUUUCUGGCUCAUGACUCUGGGAGUUGUGCAGUUACUCCAGGUUUGGUUUGGGUAAAUUGCUGUUGGCCCUUACCAGCAGUCAUUCAUGGUUCAUGGUCCUGCCAGAUUUAUGACCAUAGUUCUGUGGCUCAUGACUCUGGGAGCUGUACAGUUACUCCAGGUUUGGUUUGGGUAAAUUGCUGUUGGCCCUCACCAGCACAGUCAUUCAUGGUUCUGGGUCCUGCCAGACUUAUGACUAUUGUGACAUGACACCUGAAUGCAAGAAUAGUGGAGUCAGAUGAAAAUUGAUUUCCUAGACAAUGAGCAUUAACAGAGCAUGUUCCUGUGAAAAUGGUUUACCAUGGGAUUAUUAUACAUGCACUUCCAUGAAAACACUCAACAAGGCAUAGAGGUUACUGCAGAGCUGGAGGCAUUCCCAUGGUAUUGUGAAAUACACUCUUACUCUGGGUUUUGAUGGAGCUAUUGGAGAAAUAUCCAUGGUAAGGACAUUCUAAACAGACUGUUACAAUGGAUAUGACAAAUACAACUCUUCAAGGAGGUGUUUCCAUGGUAAAGCAUGCUUAGGUAGACAGUUACUGCAGAUACGAAAUACGGAACUGGUCGACUUGGUAUCCCCUAUUCGGUUUUCCAAGCAGAUAUGAAACAGAAUGCAUUAGUGAAGUCCAGAGUUCAGAAUUGAAGGCAGAGCUCAGAAGUGAAGUCAAGAGUUCUGAAUUGAAGGAAGUGGCUUAGGGACUGGAAUCUGGCCGCAAAGUGCCACCAGAAUCUGAAGAAAAGGACCCAGGGAUAUUGUGAAUGCCAGAAGAGAAUGACCAUUGCUGGUAGGAGGAUGACCGCCGUGCAGGAGUGGCACAGUGCAGGGGAGAUUUUGUCAGGAAAGGUCAGACCGUGUUGCAAAAGAGGAGCCCCUAGAGAACAGAUGCCCGGGAAGAGAUGUUGAGUGGAUCUGGAGGGUAGCAUGAGAAUAAAGGAUCCAGGCACAAGACAGCAGCUGCAUCUUAGGAAUGAGAAGACAGCCGGCCAAAUCUUCAGGAAGACCUUCAGACUGGAGAGUGCGAAGUGGAUUGCCAGAUAUGCAGUUGGGUUGUGGACAAACGAGAAUUGGGCACUAUGGAGGGGUUGACCCCCUCCAAAACAGAAAGAGAAACUACACCCAGAGCAGGAGGUUGUAAUGUGGAGGCACCGGCCACUUGCAAUGGUUUAAACCCACUGCUUGAAAGGAAAAACUUUGGAUGUGAUGAUGCACCUCGAUAGACUCGAACCUUAUGAAGGGAGCCACUUGGAACGAGUGCCCAUAAGGAGGGAGCACUGGUUGGAGAGACGUCACAGAAGAGAAAAAAGAAGAGCCAUAGGAAGGACGGCAAGACUGACUGCAGAUGUUACAAGCACAGCCCUUGAAAGGAAAGAAAGGUGAUUUACUGUUGGGCUGUUCAGGAUGAACUGCCUUAAGGAGGGAGCCAUGUGACAUGACACCUGAAAGCCAGAAUAGUGGGGUCAGAUCAAAGGUGAUUUCCUAGGCAACGAGUAUUAACAGAGCACAUUCCCAUGACAAUGGUCUACCUUGGGAUUAUUAUACAUGCACUUCAAUGAAAACCCUCGACUAGGCAUAUAGGUUACUGUGGAGCCAGAGGCAUUCCCAUGGUAACGACAUUCCAAACAGACUGUUACCACAGACAAGACAAACAGAACUCUUCAAGAAAGUGUUUCCAUAGUAAUGUAUGCUUAGGCAGACAGUUACUGCAGAUACGAAAUACGAAACUGUUCAACUUGGUGUCCCCUGUUCGGGACACCAAGCAGGCAUAGAACAGAAUGCAUUCGUGGGAGAAAACACAGAAAGUGUGUGAACUGUUAUAAUUGGGUGUAAUUGUGAUACUGACAUCAAAUAAACCUAAUCUUCAAUCUAGAAUCCACACUUAUUAGUCACGCAACGCAAAUGUCUGUCUCAUAGCUCUGGGAGUAAUGCAACUCAAUCACGGUCCUUGUCUGCACAGUCAUUCUUGGUUCUGAGUCCCAGAGGACUUGUUACCAUAUUUUACUGUCUCACGACUCUGGGCGUCAUGCAACUCUCUUUCUGCAGUACUCCCAGUCUUGGUGGCCCUCUUACAGAGCUUUGACAUGGACUGUAAUAACACAACCUCCAGCAGUUACCAUGCUACUGUGUGAACAUUCGUUGUUGUGGAAACAUGUCUUUAACAAGAUGUUGCCUAGCAGUAGGCACCUGCAUGAUGCCUUGGUGAUUCCAGUAAUCUGGCUUUUAGACAUCAUGUCACAUUAUUUUAAAGGUAGAUCCAUCUGCCACCUUCACUGACAAGCCUAGUGGAACCUGCCUCAUCAGUUCAUUGGUAAGGUAGAUGAAUAGAUGGUAGCAAAUUGUGAGCAAUGAAACUGUAUAUAAAAGUGUGGUAGUCCUCCUUCAACUCUUUAUCAGGGAGAUCAGUGCUACUGUCUCACACCUUAAGAUCAACCACACUCACUUGACACACAGGCAUUUUUGCCUGGAGAGCUGGCACCUAUUUAUAUAUCCUGUGGGGAACCACUUUACUGUCCUACGUAUUUUAAUUAAGCACCCAGUUUAUGAUGAACACUGUACCUUGCAUCUUCGUGGCAUAUUUUAUGACUUCCUUGGAGAUGACAGUUGAAGUCUGUAAGAUUUUAGCAUUUGUUAACAGUGAUGGACUUUCCAAGUUCAUUUAAUAUUUAACCUUUAUAAUUUUGGAACAGGUGAAUUAAAUCCCCUGUAAUACAGUGAUACUGGAUUUUAACUAAUAGUGGUACGAGUACUGAAGUAAUGUUCAAUCUUUGGAUCUGUUCCUAGUAAAAUGUUCUAGUAGAAAAAUUCUUUAAAAAAAAUGCACUGCCAAAUUUUAUGGUGUUGUUAUUUUCUAUUAUAAACAUUGUUGUUUUACAGAAAGUUAAAAGAGUUCUAAAAUAAGAUACUGUAUAUAUAAAGGAGGCACGCGUUAGUGCAGUUGGUUGAGGCAUUAUACUACAAGCUGGAAGGUCGCCGG